AUGCAAGCACAUCCAUUCUCCGGCGGCUGCAAGCGCAGCGAUCCCAUGGAGCAUCAAUAUGGUCCAGCGCAUGUGUUGCUGUCCGAACUGACAACCGAGACGUCUGCCGUCAACAAGCCACCGAGCAUGUCUCCAUAUCAACCUCCAUCCACGCCCAAACGAGGAGUGCCCUUUCGGAAGAACCCGAGCACCAGCGAUGUCGUUCUGAACCGAGCCCUUAAACUCAGCCAGAGUACACGCAGCCUGUUUGCGUCGAUGAGCUCACAGCCUGGCGAGCCCGGCGACAGACCAAAGCGUCCAUCUACAUACUCCAGCAGUGGCCGAAUCGCAGAGGGCUCGAGUGACAGCCGUCGGUCGUCCACCAGCAGGGAGAGGUCGAUUUUGCCCGAUAAAAUCUCGAGCGAUUCGCUGUUGUCGACUUCAUCCGACUCUGGAAAGAAAGUCCGUCGGAGCCGCUUUCACCUCUAUCGAUCGCUGGACCAGUCCAUGGAGCUUAUCUAUGAUCCCUUAAACCAGAGCCGUCGACAUACCGCGCCCUCCUUGUGCCAAAAGUAUGUCGGGAAGAUCGACCACUUUCCCGAGCCAAGUCAGCCGAGUGACAAGCUGGAGCAGACAUCGCAAACCGCCAGCAACUGCGACGACCCGAAAACGAUCUCUCGCCCUUCGUCGGUAGAUUGUCCGCCAUCUGUCAAUUCGGAACGGCUCUUGACCCGAGCGGCGAUAUGCGCCGCUGGUGGACCCCAAGAGCAGUCACAAGCCGAUGCAGAUGCUGUGCGUGGCGAGUGUGGCGAAACAAGCGCCGUGAAGAUCGGCAAACCCGCCGGACUUUCAAGAUCUCAAGCUUCAAAGACGAGUCCAUCGAACGAAAGCAAAGCUGUAGUCGAGCGGCAAUCAAGCCGCAAGCCAGCACCAACUCUGGCCACCGAUGCGCAGGCCGCAACUGCGGCUAAAGCUCUGGUCAGCGAGGUUAGACGGCGCCUCAAGCAUCAGGAUACAUCGGCCUCGUUCUCUGAUACGGAGUUGGAGUUCAGCUCCAAAACGAUUCAGCCUUCCAAAAUAUUUAAUUUUGCACCGUUCUUGGACGAACCCUGUGAGCGACGAAUCCGAAUAUGCGCCUCGGCAAAGAAAAAGAAACUCAAAAACCGUCCUCGAUCCGGGGCGGCCAAGCCGCGCGUGCUGGACGACAUUGAGGAUGCGGAAAGGCUCGAUUCUCGGACCGCCCUGGCUCAGAAGGGACAGAUCUCAUUCCGGAGCGCCUUUGACGCAGCGUGCAUCACCGGAAGGGCGGUCACCAAGGAGGCCAUUGCCAAGGACGAGAGCCGUCUCCUGCUGAAAGUCGAGUCCGGGGUGCCCAGGGCGAGCGCGGACACAUCGUCCGAAACCAUGGGAGCGAAACUGGAUGCGUCGGCCGAAGAUAACACAGCCACUUCCCAGACAACAACGCGGAGCUCUCGGACCGGUCUGGCCACCUCGCUGGUUCGCGGGAAGCGGCCAGCGGCAUAUCCGUUCAGCGAUCCCUUUGCCUCCCUAAAUAUCGGCAACAGCAAUCAGUGUUCGUUCGGCACCUCGUACUACUCUGUCCUGACAACAUCCUCUGACCCCUUUCUUCAAAGAAUAGCCGAGAUUGAUCGGCUGCAGAUGCUCACGAUCCUAUGGGAGCGGAAGGAAAGAAAGCGCAAACUCAAGUGUCAGCCCAAAGAGGGGUCGAUGACCCAAAGCGGUGAUGGAGAUUCUGUCAAGGGAUCGACAUCGGGUGCCCCUCAGCCAACCACGACGAUCACUCCCAAUAAAGUGCUGAUUCGCAAGAACUCGUCCUUGGCAAGCGAUCCUACCAUCGGCAGCGACACUCCACUACCAUCCCAAGAGAGCCCUCCUUCGACGCCAGACUCGUCGAGCUCAGCACCAGAGCCCGAUAAAGAGCGAUCGGACGACAGCGACUCUGUCGAGCAGCCCAAAGCGAUAGUGAUACAGAAGCGGAGCGAUAAAAAGCCAACCAAGGCCACCCGUGCAUCGCACACAAAGAGGGCCUAUCGGCGUGAGCUGUUCUCGCUCAAGCAAAAACUCACCAGCAAACUCGAGAAGGCCGGACGGAAUAGCAACUUUGUGAAUCCUGGUACGGGGCCGGCCGAUUCAGCAGGUGAGCGAUCGGGAAGCGAGGCCGAUACUCCGCCGCGAAAGGAGGUGCGCCGCAAGACCAAAAUCCGGCCCAAGAAAGUCAAGGGCAAGAAGCCGGCACUUGUCGGCGCUGUCAAGAAGGGGAACACUGAUCCAGACAGGAACGAGACCUUGAUCGAUCUUGAUCCCAUCCACGACGACAUCGACAAGGACGAGUAUGAGCCUUGGGGUUGCCGGAAAGACUCUGAGACAGAUCCGAGCUCGUCCGACAAGGAUCCGACGGUACAGCCGCUGAGAAGUGGUCUUUCCAGUACCAGCAGCUGCACAACAUGCAAUCGGCCCGCCUCUGCAUCUUCCCUGAACAAUCUCUCACCACGGUCGUCGUCUGCAGAGCCUGUGCGGAUGAGUAUCUUGGACAUCAGCGCCAAGAUUCUGCAGAUUUCGUUCUCUGCACUGCACCAGAGGCAUAGCUCCGCCGAGAGAAGCACCCCUAAGGAGCCGUGCCCGCCACCAGCACAUUUAACCAAAGGCGAGAGCUUUGACCGCUCCAAGAUUGGCCCUCGCCGGGUACUCCUGAAUCUCGACUCGAGCGAGACCGUGGAGGACGAUAUUUCGGCGAUUCACGAGCCGGUCGGGCCAGUGCCGGAGAGACCGCAUCCGGCGGGCGAAACACUUGAAACCACUCACGUCUCCUCAGAAGGUCUUGUCAUCAGGGACAUUUCCGACACUGCCGAUAUCGAGAUCGAGACAGAGGAGGAAGGGCCCGACAAAAAAAUGACUGGCCGGACCCUGAACAACAGUGGCUCAAUCGAGAUCUCUGAGAACAUCGAGGUUUUCCGCUCAGCCUCGGACAUACCCGCCAUCGACUCGCCGCUCCUCCGGUCUCCUGAAAACAAGCGGAGUCUAUCUGUGCUGCGGUCAUCGAAUCAGGUUGAAACGAAAACCAGAUCAGGAUCGAAGAGCUACAAGAAGCCGACUCUCGCGAGAGCUGGCAACUACACCCACUCGCUGAAGGAGCCAGGCCAUAUCAGCGUCUUCUCUGUGCGCAGAGCAUACGAGCCUAUCAAGGCUGCCCCAGGUCACCUCGUGGACUAUGUCUAUCCCGAGCCGGAUGGAGACUGCGACGAUGAGUACGAGAAUUAUGAGAUUGUGCCCACGCAAAAGUUGCGUUCCUCGGAAGAGUCAGAUGCUCCCGCCGAAGCAGUGGCGAAUGAUUCGCCGAGCAAACCCAAGAAAGAAUGUAUCAAAAAGCAACGCCGGAAGAGGCUCGCCAAUGGACAGACAGCAAUGCCCACUGCCUGCGCGGAGGGCAAGAAGCCGAGAGAAAGUGGAGCGGCGCCUGUUGCAUCUGGCUCAGGAUCUGGCUCAGGAUCUGGCUCAGGACCAGGGUCGGGCUCAGGGUCGGGCUCAGGCCCUGGUCCUGGUCCUGGAGAAGGCAAGGAGAGGAAGAAGAAAGCCAAAUCCAAGGACCGUAAGCGCAAAGACCGGCGAUCGUCGCUGAAACUGGGAAGCACGGGCGAGCCCUCUGUGGAGAAGGUAUUCCAGUCUCCGGAGCUCGCAAACAUAAGCUCAUUCGAGCUUGACCAGUUCUCGUCCUGGAACGAGGAAGAAGCCACCGGGGCCGUCGGGGUCUUCCCAGUCUCGAUGGGUGCGCUUGAUGCCUUUGGUGGUGUACCCGUGAGAAAGCCUGUGGCCAGGUUAUCGGGCCAAGCCAAGGCGUUCUCGACCGAGCUGCUGUGUCCCGACCUCCUGGCAAUCGUGGCCAGUCCCGGGUCGUUCCAAAGUGACUCGGACGACAAUGAAACAGGAUCAAACGAAGGUGUCCUUGCGGCCGGCGAGAAAUGCCCACCGCAACUCGGGCUGGAUUUUGGCGAGGUUGCACGGAAACUGAUCGUGGGACCGCCUCCAAAGCCCAAGCGCCUGAAGCAUCACGGCUCCAGCGGCAGUAUCGGCCGAUCCAAAAAGCUGAAAAAGAAGGGCAAGAAAAAAUCACAGCGUUCACAAAGCGAAGCAGGGCAUCCUGGAGCCAACAGCGAGCUCAAUGCCGCCGGGGAUUUGCUCAGCGGCGCGCAAGUCGAGCAUCGCCAGUGGAAAUCGAUAUCGUGCAUCCAAUAUGGCGGUGCUCAAGGCAAGCGCUGCACCGGCCGCCAGCAGUAG